ACCUGUCGAGACUAAGACAAUAGGCCUACCAUACGUGGACAUUAGGCUACACUCAUUAAUAAGCUAUUAAGAGGCCGCGUUCAUAGGUUUAAACUGACACCGAUUAGCUUAGAGAUGUUCAUUCUCUUCAAAGAUCUUGGUGUUCAUAGCAGAUUUUCUCUCUGAAUAUUUAAACGAAUAUGUCCAAGAGUCUACCAUUGCUCUUUACCACAGGAACUUAUUAUGAAGUUGGUUACAGUAUAGGAUCAACAUUUGCUGAAAGAAUCAACAGGUAUUGGAAUGAAUCUGAAAGUCUAAUUAAAUGUGACCUUCCAUUUUAUGAGACCUCAAGAGGGCAAGAGUACUUCAACACUGCUUUGAAAGUUUGUGAAAUGAAUUUUCCCCAAUACAUACAGGAGAUUAGAGGCUUGGCAGACGGAGCCAAGAUGCCUUUUGAUCAAGUGUUCAAGUUGAAUCUCGCCAAAGAAGUUCGUCAUCUUUCAAAUAAUCUUCCUAUUGCCUACAAAGAAAAGUCUGGAUGUUCAGACGUCUACCUCAACACACCAACAGUCAAAAUAUUAGGUCAUAAUGAAGACUGUGAUUUCGAAAUAGAAAAAUAUGCUUACAUGGUGAGUGUAAGAAUAGUAGAUGACCAAAGUGGCACAGAAUUAGAGAAUUUUACAUCGUUUUGUUACCCUGGCGAAUUGCCAGGUACAACAGUUGCAUUCAACAGGCAGCCAGUACAACAUAGACAAGACAUGAAUCAAUAA